GAGUCGUGAUUCGCAUGCAGGAUGAAACCAGUAGUAUAUAUAAUUGACAACAGUGAUGAGCAUCUGAUACAUCGGUUUUUCCAACACCCCGUAUAAUUUCAAAACAAAUGAAAUAAUGUUUAUCGUAGGAUUAACCGGUGGAAUUGCCACUGGAAAAAGCACUGUAGCGGCAAUUUUUCGUGAACAUGAAAUACCAGUGAUCGAUGCUGAUACAAUAGCUCGUCAAGUUGUAGAACCAGGGAAACGGGCCUGGCGAAAAAUACACACAGAGUUUGGCGAUGGAGUUUUCCAAGAGGAUGGCUCUCUUGACAGAACUAAACUUGGAGAUUUAAUAUUCAACGAUGUUGAGAAGAGAAAAAAACUGAACGCUAUUACACACCCGGAUAUAUACAGGGAAAUGUGCUGGCAAGCGUUAAAAUACUUUUUCAAAGGCCAUCCAUUCAUUGUGAUGGAUUUACCAUUGUUGUUUGAAACCGGCUCGAUGUUGAAUUAUCUACACAAAAUUAUUGUAGUCACAUGCGAGGAAGAUCUUCAACUACAGCGACUCAUGGAGCGUUGUAAUUUCAAUGAAGAGAAGGCAAAGCUGAGGAUUUCAUCUCAAAUGUCCCUUGACAAGAAAACCGAAAUGGCGAAUUUCGUUAUAGAAAAUUCGGGUACCGAGCAAGAUACCAGGAAACAAACCAUCAAAAUAAUAAACGUAUUGAAAUGCUCCAAGCAUCAUUGGCGAUUACGUUUUAUACUGGGAGUUUUUUGUACAGUUGUUUUAGCAGGUACAUGCUGGCUGAAAUAUCAUUCGUCCAAAUCUAUUUCAAGUUCAUAAGAGAGAGAGAGAGAGAGAGACACAACAAAGAUGUCAUUUAGGGAUCAUAAAUAAUCUGCAAUUCUGCACAAAACAACUCGUUGCUUUAAAUCUAAAUAAAAAGUCAAAAAACUACAAUAUUAGCAAUAAUCCAGUAACAAUAGCAAUCACAUUGAUCUGACACUACUAAAUUUGUGAAACCACGAAACAAAUGAACUAGUACUGUCAGAUCAAGAAACAAAAUCAAGUUGUAAUCUUUACGUCGAAUUCCAACAUUCCCGAUCGAUUAUUCAGGUGCUAAAACAAGCAAACCCAUCAUUCAUUCCAUCAAUAUUUUUCAGUAGCAAUUUGCUAUCCUUGUACGAUAGACCUAGUAGCAAUGAGUGGGAGCGAUUUCGAAAUGAUGGUGAAACGUAGCAUAUCUCACGAGUGAACGAUCCAGAGUUGAGCUUUACACGUUAAGAAUGAACGGAGUUUAACUAUUUCUCGUUUCUCGAUAGAAGCUCUUUUCUUGUUGUCAAUUCUUUUUCGAUAUACUGUUCUUUUAUUUUUAUGUAUUUUCGACAAAAAAACUGUUUUCGGUCUUUUUUUCAAACAAUAUACCAUUUUUUUAAACGUAACACAUUGAACUUAUUCAAUCUGCCAAUAUUUUAAUAUCCCUAGAGGAUGGCCUAAGCCGCUAUUGUAAUUAUUUUUUUCACACCAAAAUGUGGUCAUUGAAGGGAGAUCCUUAUUCGAAUAAUACUAUAAUAUUAAAGUAACUACGAUUUAAAUUAUUCGAAUGUGAUAAUUGGAUGUGCAAAACCACUUUAAAUGUAUUCAUCAAUAAAUAUAGUAAUUUACAAAACUCAAAUAAAGUUGCUCAACAUGCAUGAGUUCAGUACGUCAACGACUCAAACCAUAUCCUCAAGGGUAAAUGAACUACCCAUCAAUGCUAAUUCUGUAAUUCUGUUUUGUGGUGAUUAUUUUGUCUACUCGUAAAAUUGUAAAAAAAACUGGAUUAGGAAUAGCAGGAUAUGACGUUGAAAAAAGGGUCGUUGAAGGAAAUCUCUUUUCAUUCCAUCUCCGAAAAAUAUCAAAUCGCACAAACUUCAUUGAAACCAAACACACGUAUGUAUUUUUAAUUCAUACUUAUAUACUAUAUUUCGCGAGUGACGAUUGUUACGAAAACACAAAAGAAAAGGAUAAUAAAGCAAUUAUGGACGUUCGAUCAUUGAAGCAUCAUAA